AUGGUCACAGGUCACGGAGGGCCUGUAGCAGAUAAAGCUAUGGUCUUUUUGUGUGUGUGUUUUAUUUCCCCACGCCGUGCGAUGCCUUUGCACUUCAUACACGCAUGCGCACGAACAACUUUAAUGCGCACCAGAGUCAUUGUUGGAGCAUUAAUGUUUUUUUUUUCUCUGUGUGUACGAGUGGGGGGAGAGGACGGCCUUUUAACAUUUGCCUUUUUUAUUUCACCCCCCUUUUUUUUUUUUUUGGUAUUGGUGAGAGUGCCGCGAUAUCUGUUUACGUUGUCACUUCAGCUUCUACCGAACCUGUUUCAACGAGAACAUGUGAAGUACGACGGCAAUGCGCUAUGGCUUUCUUUAACCUUUUUUUUUUAG